AUGGCGACUUUCCGACGGGGCUUAUCCAGAACAGGCGGUUUCUCACAAGGUGGUGCCAUCUCUCUAUUCACAGGAAUUACAUCGGCGACAAAAUUGGGCGGGAUCUUUGGACUUUCGUCAUAUUUGCUCCUUCAUGAUAAAAUCAAAGAUUAUGUCACUUCAGAGUCGUCGAAUCUGGAGACGCCAAUCUUCAUGGGCCAUGGAGAGGCUGAUCCAUUGGUUCAGUACAAGUGGGGUGCUGAUACAGCAGAGGUAUUGAAGCAACUGGGCUGGAAAGUCGAUUUCAAGAGUUACAAGGGUCUACAACACUCGGCGGAUCCUCAAGAAAUCGAUGAUCUAGAGAACGUAGAGCAGACUCCAUUCGCAAGAGAGGAAAGAGCGGUCCGCAUGGGUAGCUGCACCUGA